ACUUACCUAAGAAACUAUAAUUAAUGGCUUCACCACUUUUCCCACGAGAUAUCCAUCCUAAAAGCCUCACCAAAGUAUUGGUCUCAAUUUGAUUUAACACAUCAAUCCUCACUUUUUCCAAGUUCUUGUGAACAAUAAGAACAACCUCAUCAAUACCCAAAAACAAAUAUAAACAACAAAACAAUCUUCCCCAUUCCCAAAUUUCUCUCAAAAAAACCAGAAAAAAUGGACAAAAAACAAACCCCUCCUCCCAUUUUUCAUGCAAACCCUCGUCUCGUCGACAUACGUGAAGUACCUUCAGAGGGCGAGGAGGAGGAGGAAGGAGAAGAAGAACACGCUCCGCCAAAAAUGGCAUCGGCGUUGCCCGAUGCCAUUGAGAAGCGGAUGAAGAAACACAACAAUCGGCUAUGGCCACCGCAACCUCCGACACAACAAUGGAGUUUCGGACGACAAAUGUCGUUGGAGACAGGUUUGAAUAGGGAAUCUAAAGGGAAGGGCAUUGAGAGAAUGGCUCUCCCAAGGAGUGGGAGAAGCUUUGGAGGGUUUGAUUCAACCAUUGGUGAAGGGAAGAAAGGAGAUUUUAGCAUCUUUAGAACAAAGUCAAGUCUGAGUAAGCAGAAUUCUGUAAUGGCAUCGAGAAGAGAUGAUAGAAAUGAAAUGGAAUCUCAAAGAACUUAUGAAAGAUCUGAAGGAAUGGAUGAAUCUGUGAAUAAAAGUGUUCCUGUUGGAAGAUAUUUUGCUGCUCUUAGAGGCCCUGAGCUUGAUCAAGUCAAGGACUCUGAGGACAUUCUUCUCCCAAAAGAUGAGACAUGGCCAUUCCUUCUUCGGUUCCCGAUCGGAUGCUUUGGUAUCUGCCUCGGCCUCAGCAGCCAGGCCGUGCUAUGGCGGGCGCUGGCGACCAGCCCCGCCACUGAGUUCCUUCACGUCUCCCUGUUCAUCAACCUCGCCAUUUGGCUCCUUGCCAUGGCUGCUCUUUUCGCUGUUUCAACGACCUACAUUCUCAAAUGCAUCUUCUACUUUGAAGCUGUUAAGAGAGAGUACUUCCAUCCUGUUCGUGUAAACUUCUUCUUUGCUCCUUGGGUUGUCUGCAUGUUCCUUGUCAUCGGCGCCCCACCAGGGUGGACGUUGGAACCGCUCCAUCCAGCUCUCUGGUUUGUGUUCAUGGGACCUUACUUCUUGCUCGAGCUCAAGAUUUACGGGCAGUGGCUGUCCGGGGGGAAGCGUCGUCUGUGUAAGGUGGCAAACCCGUCAACGCACCUGUCGGUGGUCGGGAACUUCGUCGGGGCGAUACUGGUGGCGAAAUGUGGGUGGUUGGAGGCAGCAAAGUUCUUAUGGUCAGUGGGGUUCGCACACUAUCUUGUUGUGUUUGUGACAUUGUAUCAGAGGCUGCCGACGAGUGAGGCGCUGCCGAAGGAGCUGCACCCUGUUUACUCCAUGUUCAUUGCAGCGCCCUCCGCCGCCAGCAUCGCUUGGCAGACCAUUUAUGUAGACUUUGAUGGCUUGUCGAGAACUUGCUUCUUCAUUGCUUUGUUUCUCUAUAUUUCCCUUGUUGUAAGGAUCAACUUCUUCACUGGAUUCAGGUUUUCAGUGGCUUGGUGGUCUUACACAUUUUCAAUGACAACUGCUUCAGUGGCGACCAUAAAGUAUGCAGAGCAUGUCCCUACAGUUGUAAGUAAAGGACUGGCACUUGCCCUUUCUUUCAUGUCCUCUACCAUGGUGUCCCUUCUCUUUGUCUCUACUCUCCUCCAUGCUUUUGUUUGGAAGACACUGUUCCCCAAUGACCUGGCCAUUGCUAUCACAAAGAGGAGACUUAUAAAGGACAGGAGACCCUUCAAAAAGGCUUAUGACCUAAAACGCUGGACAAAGCAAGCUCUUACCAAGCACAACAAGGAUUUUGAUGCACAGAAUGAACAGCAUCAGACUCCUUAUACAAAUGUCUCAACCAGUCAGAAGAGUUCAUAAAUCCACAUUAAUUUCCCAGGAAAGUUGUGUAACAUUCAGAGUACCAGUACUGUAACAUUUAGACUUUGAUUCAUUGCAGUGUUCAUAAUAUAG